AAACGAUGUCGUAUAAGCUGUCUUUUGUUUGCCUUUUGCCGCUGGCCAAACGUCUUUGACCCCCCACCGUUUCGCCUCCGGCGCCCCAAAUUUCAGUUCACUUCAAGCUCAGAUCGGAAGGUUAUGGAAUAGCAUGUUCACAAUUCCCGCGGCUUCUCUAUUCUGGAAUUUCGGCUAACGAUUCCAAGAUUUCCAGAACCAAAGGGGUUUGGGAAUAACACUUGGUGGCCAAUCAUGACGACCAAAACAAACACUUUAGAUUACUGGUUGAAUUGGAGAUUCUUCGUAUCUGCCAUAUGGAUCGUUGCAGCUAUGGUGGUUUCUGCAUUGAUGAUUUGGAGGUAUGAAGUCUCCGCAAAAUCAAGAAACCAGCAUGGGGAGGAUCAGCAAGUAAAAGUAGGGACUUUACACAAGGAUGAUGUUUGGAAGACAUCUUACAAAUCCAUCAGUCCUAUUUGGUUGCUUACUUACAGGAUACUUUCUUUCUUGCUGCUUCUGGGGUUGCUCAUAUCAGAUGCUGUUUUACACAGUGGUCGAAUAUUUAUUUAUUACACUCAGUGGACAUUCACUCUUGUCACCAUAUAUUUUGGGGUAGCAUCAUUACAUUCCUUAUAUGGGCUGAAACUAUGUAGAAAGCCCUCUGCUGAAAGGGUUAACAUUAUGGGCUCAGAUGUCGAGAACGGGCGUUACGUUUCCAGUAGUCAAGACGAACCACGUCUUCUGGAUGCUGCUGGAAUUUGGGUUUAUGCUAUGCAGAUAAUUUUUCAAAUGUGUGCAGGGGCUGUGGUGCUUACAGACAUUGUAUUCUGGCUCAUAAUUUACCCCUUUCUCACUAGUAAAGAUUACCGGUUGCAUUUUCUGGCCGUUUGUAUGCAUUCUGUGAAUGCUGUUUGCCUUUUGGUUGAAGUUGCUUUAAAUCGCCUUAAUUUCCCUUUCUUCCGAAUUGCAUAUUUUGUCCUGUGGACCUGCGUUUUUGUGACGUUCCAGUGGAUCAUCCAUAUGUGUGUUUCACUAUGGUGGCCUUAUGCCUUUUUAGACCUGGCAUCUCCAUACGCUCCCUUAUGGUAUGUUUCUAUACUGUAUUUUCAAUUUUCGUCUCAGCCAAUUCAUUGAUUUUAUAUAUUUGAUAGCAAGGUAUAAACUUGCAGGUACUUAGGGGUUGGGGCGCUUCAUGCUCCAUGUUUCUUUAUCUUCACUCUUAUAAUAAAAACGAAAAGAUAUUUACUGUCAAGAUUUCUUCAGAGUAAUGUUGGAGUGUAGUAAAGCUGAGAAAGGUGGCAUGCUCAACUCCAGCAACAAUUUCUUUGAACACUCAUUUAUGAAAUAGUAAUAUUCGAAGAUCCUUUUUGCUAGUUUAGCAACACUUUUAGUCCAUGAUCGUGUAGUUAGCAAGUACACCCUUCAAAGAUGUGUGUGAACAGAGGAGAUGUUAAUGAAGCUGUUUCUUGAGGUGGGCUAGAAGGCAAUCUCUAAGCGUGGCCAAGGCAACUUAGAUUGGAACAAGACUAAGGGUUGGACGCGGUCCGGUUCGUUUCUUCUUCCAGCUUUUAUUGUAAAUUAAUUUCAUGUUGUGUCACUAAAUUACUCAAAGAAAAUGCAGUCAAAAUGAUGCUGUACUGUCAUUUUGGUUGUGCAGUUUUGCUCAUAAGUCAUAAGUGGUAGGUAUAAUGGCUUGUAUUGUUAGCUGAAGGCUGAAGCUAAACGACAGGGAUACUAGUAUUCAUCAUUCAUAUCUUAUUGGAAAUUAAUUUUAUGCGUCGUUAUUGUAAUCCAAUUAAUGAAAUUGUAGCUAUUGUUGGACACGAAGUACUAUUACUAGCUUAAAACUCCUAGUUGACAACGUCUUAUCUUUCUGAG